AUGGUAAUAGCAUAUGCUCUUGAUUCUUUUGAUACAGAAAAAGUGUCAGUUAUUGGAGAAGUUACUCGAUACGUUGUUCUUGCGCUUUUCACAAUCAUGUUUUUAGCUUCAGUCGGCACAGUAAACCGAGGAGGGAGCCUUUACAGUCUCUGAUAUUCUCUUACAUACGUUCAAUUUUUGAGAUACAUUCCUGUUAUCGACCUCAACCAAUCUGACGUAUUUACUUCAUUUUUCAGCGAAAUAUUCGAAAUUUAUAAUAUUUAUACAUUCAUUCCAGAAUCAACUAACUCAAGUAUUUCUCAAAAAAGAUUUCUGCAACUUGGGUUUAAAGGAGCAAUUUUCUUGAAUAAUGCUGAAGAAAUGCUGUGAGCGUGAGGCUCCAGCAUAAUUUCUCUGCUUAUUCUUAUGGCUUUUGGGCUAUGCAUGAACUCUCAGGUCAUGAGAAGCGUUUUAGGUUACGCGAAAUAUUCCUUACUCCCCCCCCUCCGUGAGCGAACAAAAAGUUUUUAUGGGAAAAAAUUUUGAUAUAUAAAUGAUAACUAGUAUCAUGAAAUCUCAAGCUAAUUCUGUUUAAUUUUAAACAAAUUGCGCUCUUAAAACAUAAAUUUUACAAAUUAAAUUAAUAUUUGCCUUCCAAUUUUCGAGAAGUGGGAUUUUUUUUUAAAUUCCAAAAAAUUUUUUUUCUUUAUAUAAAUUGUUUUAAAAAAAAAAAUAUUAACCCCCUCAAUGAGUGAACAAAAUUUUUUUUGUUCGCUCAAGGAGGGGGAGUUAGUGAUUCGUGUAUCUUUGAUUGUGUUUUUUGACAUUAUGACUUGCGCAAUACUGCAAGUUUAUUAUGCAGAAUUUCAAGGGACCAUACCAUUUGUAAGUAUGUUAACAUCACUUAUGUUUCUUACUAUAAGUGCUGUUUUUGUAAUCUUUGUUCCUACAAUAAUCAAGCUCAGGCUGAAAAUGACUAACGAGCUGCCACCUGAGAAAUGCUUGGAAUUGAUUAUUACUUUGGUUGGCGAAUUUUAUGGAAAUACGGAAAUGUCUAAAUACUUAUUUUAUCCUCUUUUGCUAGCAAUGCGCGCACUGGCUGCUCUAACUUUGGUGAUAUUAUGACAAUACCCUCUUGCUCAAGUAGGCGCACUCAGCUCUUUUCAAAUUGUUAUUUUGGUGUAUAUAGUAUGAGUCAAGCCUUUUAAAUAUAAUUUGGAUAAUUGGUUUGUGUUUGCAGCUGAAAUCUUCACUUUACUAUUAAUUGGAGUUCCUGCAAUUUAUUUGCUCACUGAUAAAUACUUUGAUUAUUCUCCUUAUUUGGAUAUUGCUUGUAUUUGUAUAGCGUGAAUUGGUAUCUUAAUCUGCUUAACAAGAUACAUAUUUGCUGCUGCUGUAAAUGGCUCCUGGAAUGAGCUGAGAACAGUUAUCAAAGUUAAAAAUUUAGUUUCUGAGCCUACUCUUGAUACAACUGUGGAUUUUAAAGAUCAGGAAUUUAAAAGCAGUGGAAAGCCUAAGAAAAAGGUCUUAAACACAAUAGAAACUGAAAUAAGAUCACAGCUGCCAAAUGAGCCGUAUGAAAAUCUCUAUAGAGAAACAGGCGUUGAGCAGGGCAAUCCUGUAGAAAAGAACAUAAGCUACUUUAAAGAAACCAAUGGAGAAAGCUGAAAAAUAGUAGAGCUAAAAGACCCGAGAGAAGUACGAGCAAACCGAAGGGAUGACAAUGGAAUACGCACAAAUUACCAAACUCCAACUGUUGCAAGGAAUAGUUCAUAUGGAGAAGGCAUAACAUUUUAUCCGCGAAUAGCUGCAAAGUACCAGAAGUACAAUUUGGAUAAUCGUAAGGAGGAAUAA